UCCGGCGAGAGAGGUUGUCCUCGCGCGCUCCGUCCACCGCUGCGACCCUCACCUAUCUGCAGGGAUGACCAAGCAAGCCCCGCUGACGGCGCUGCUGCUGGCCUCGGCGCUCGUGCCGUGGACAACCCUGGCCGACGCCUCCCUGGCGGGGGUGUCGCACCUGACGGCCGAGCCGGACUUCCGGGAGGUGACGCUGCGCUGGGAGAGCGACGGUCGCGCCAUCCCUCAGCUGCGCGGCUUCGAGGUGCACUACUGCGAGCUGCUGGCCUGGGGCCCGACCCGCUGCCGCGCCAAGACGGUGGACGCCGGCAGCGGACGCGACGUGGUGUCGGAGGACCGCAAGGCGAGGGCCUACGCGGCGGUGGUGGGCGACCUGCGCCUGGCCACCAACUACAGCUUCGAGGUGCGGCCCCUGGCCAGGAGGGGAGGCUGGCAGUCGGAGCCACAGCAGGACAAGGCGCUCAGCAAGGCCCUCGUGGUCGCCACCAAGGGCUUCUCGGCCAAGGCGACCCAGUGCCUGCCGCGCGCCAGCGAGGUGGAGGUGCUGACGGGCCCGCACUUCGGCGGCCGCAUCGCCGUGGAGGCCAGCGGCGGCGACGAGCGCUGCGCCGUGGACGGAGACCCGCGGAGCGCGCGCGACACCUACCUGCUGCGCAUCGACCACGAGGCGUGCGGCGCGCACGUCAACGAGACGGCCGUGGCCGCCUUCGUGCUGGUGCAGGAGAGCCUCACCAUCCUCACGCACAGCACGCGGCGCUUCCUCGUGCUGUGCACCUUCCAGCCGGAGACGCUGACCGUGCGCGCCGGCAUCAACAUGCCAGGGGCGCGCCGCAGACCCGAGUUGGACGGCAACCAGCUGGGGCCGGACGACGCCGCGCCGCCCUUCGACGGCGACCUCGAGUCGGCCAACGACGUGCAGGUGUCCCGCCUGCAGCGCCACCAGCAGGUCGUCGAGCUGCCGCUCAGCUACGUGUCGCGAGAUCAGUCGACGGCCCAGGUGGUGGUCAUGACGUUCCUCGUGAUAGCUGUGGUGAUGGGCUGCGUCGCCGCUGCGUGGUGGUUCGUCCCAGGCGUGCACAGCCACCUGGCAGCGCGGCGCGCGGCGGCCUACGACCCGGCCUCGCCGGCCUCGUCCACGUACGAGAACUUCCAGAACUCGCUCCGCGACUCGCCGUGCUGCAGCGAGCUGGUGCUGGACGCCGCCUCGCUGGAGGCGGGGGACUUCGAGGGCGGGGGCGGCUGCCUCGCCGAGUGCGCCAACGCCAACGUCGUCGUCGUCGGCGGCGGCGGGCCGUGCGUCACCUUGGAGCGCGCCUCGCAGUCGGAGGCCUGAACCUCCGCCAAACCCUCGCGGCGGACCGAGUAUAGUCUGCUCCGCCCCGCGGCGGACCGGGUAUAGUCUGCCCCGCUCCGUGGCGGACCGAGUAUAGUCCGCCCGCCCUGCGGCGGACCGGUUAUAGUCUGCACCGCCCCACGGCGGACCGGGUAUAGUCUGUUCGCCCCGUGGCGGACCGAGUAUAGUCUGCCCCGCCCCGCGGCGGACUGAGUAUCGUCUGCACCGCUCCGUGGCGGACCGAGUAUAGUCCACCCGCCCUGCGGCGGACCGGGUAUAGUCUGCACCGCCCCGCGGCGGAUCGAGUAUAGUCUGCACCGCCCCGCGGCGGACCGAGUAUACGGUCGCACACCUUCGCCAGAAUGACCACAAGACAAUCGCCGUCACACACCAGGGCCUGCGAGGGGGGGAGGGGCAGUGGCGCAGCAAGGUCGUCACCACCCUUCUUUUCAAGAACUGAAGUUAUUUAAAUAAUCAAAAAAUUAGACACGUCUCGCUCGGGUACAAACUGCAGGGACAGUCUUACGUGGAGAGAAACGCUCCCUCUCUUCCUCUUCACUAAAUUAAAAAAGUUCCAAUGCACACUAUCUUGCCUUUUGAGGUUAGUUAAUUUAUUGAUGAUUGAACUAUUUUUAAUAAUAUUUAUUGAAAUUUUGUGCGCUGAGCUAAUUUUUAAUAAUUAUUUUGUUUAUUUCGUCACCCUCCCCUGCAAUCCCCUGCCACACCUCCGGCACGGCACCAUAGGAAUUGGGUUGAUGAGAGGGUUGGAGGAAGGAUAAUGGGGUUGAGUCUGGAGAUUUAUUUUUUAAUUGGGUGAAAAGUCCAAGUCUAUUGCUAAUAAAAUUCACAAGAAACAUUACAAGCGAAGCAGUGGCGUAGCGUGCCAUCUCGGCGCCUGGGGCGGGAGACCCAUUUUGCCGCCCCCAUUCUAUAGGUGCUUAAUAAAAUUAAAUUUUACAUGCAAUGAGGUACCUUCUAUUGAAGUUAAAAUAGGAUGAGCGGUUUUACAAGCGGAUUCUACGGGCCUUAUGAGCAGCGAAGUCAGAAAUAACUUUGUCAAAAUCAAUAUUAGCAGCCAAUUCUUGUUCAAUCGACAAUAUAGCCAAGUUUGAUAGUCUAGCGGAGCUCAUAGUAGAUCUGAGGUAAUUUUUUAUUAACUUCAACCUCGAAAAACUUCUCUCACACUUGCAACACUAAUCGCCAAAGUCAAAUAUAUACGAAUCAAGAUGACUAUAUUUGGAACCGAAAUUCCGAGAUUCAGUUUUUGAAUGAACUGGAGGAGCUCCAGUGGUCCUUUACCACUUAUUUCUUCCUCUGAUUCAGAACAGGCAACAACAACAAACUGCUGAGUGCGAAAGAGAGGCAUCGACACGGGCCGACGCGUGAAACAAAAGAUUUUGUAUGAGUAAUUAACAUAAUAAGGAGUGCCGCUCAACUCGGCUGCGCGCGGCGGGCGGCGCGGCGUGAUGCGAUGUUGCCGUUCGUAUGUAAACAAACAAACGUUAUAAAGAGCUCUGUCAGUGAUUUCGCAGUUUUUCUUUUAAAUAAAUAUUAAAAAAUAGUUGGUGCGCAAAAUUGUAGAUAAAAAUGGAACAUUAUAGUGUGUCUGACACAUGUAAUGAAUGAAUCAUAGAUCAGAUCUCAACCCGCUUCACCGGCGACCCGCCCCCGCGGGCUGCCGCCCGGGGCGGGCCGCCCCCUCCGCCCCACCCACGCUACGCCACUGAAGCGAAGUUAUGAUCAAGUUAACAAUUAUGGGAACAGUAAAAUUUACAGUCUUUUUUUUUAUUGUGGGGUUUGCAAAGUUUUACAUUAUUAGGCAAUGGGGAAAAGGAUUAGGAAAGGAUGGGGGGAUGUUGGAAAAAAUUAUUUGCCCUCGGGCCCCUUAGAUGCUCUCGACGGUCCUUCAUCACACAAGGCACUUAUCGAGACCGCAAAAAACGUAAGCACGCAAAAAACACUCCUAAACAUCUGUUGAAACGAUCAGGUUCCUGACGUUGCGGACAAGGAAAAUUUACAACAAUUACGGGCACUUCAUAAUUUUCAUGAGCAUGACAACAACCACGAAGCCAAGAAGUCGUUUGCAUCUUUCAGCCAAGAAAGCCUAAGAUCUACCCGUUUGUAAAUUAUGGAAGAUUAAAAUAAAACACAACGCGAGCAUCGGUUAUCUUUUAACUUCUUGCAUUUUGGCUCGUGUUUCCAACUUCCAUAUUCGACAAUAAGUGUUCGGAAAAAACUUUUUUAAAAAUUCAGACAUUUUGUGUUUAGAUGGCUGCGGUCAUCUUUUUAACAGAAGAAUUAAGUUUCUUUUUCUUCAGUUUUUAAACUAACGCACAGUGAACGAUAAUGACGCUUCCAAUAAAAGUACUAAAAAUUGUACUCGUUUCAUGUUUAUAAAACUAAAAUUGUUUUUUUUGUAAAUGGAACUGACAUAAUCAUAUAAAAUUACAGUUAUCUGUAAAUUUGUACAUUCAAAUGAAACAAAUGUAUUGCUAAAAUUAAAAACAACAAAAAAACAGGGUUUGCAGUAAUAAUGCCUUUGAAUACUUGCCUGGGCAUGUGUAUUGUCCCAGUAUCUACAUUAGUUAAAAGUUAUUGGUAAACCAUUUCUUGGAUAGCCCUCCCAAUAUUAACUGAGCACAUUUAUAAGCAUAAUAAAACAAAAUAAAGUCUAAUAGUUGAAUAUUUGAUUAUUUUUUCAAUGGUUAAAAAUAUUAUGCAUCUAUAAAAUAAUCAAAAACUUAAAUUAUGCACCAAUUUUGGCAAGCUUAGCAAGAAAUAUUAAGUAUUGAUGCUAAAAACAUAUUUCGUACAUGAAAAACUAACCAAAGCUAAUUUUAGUUCAAAUUUACAGUUUUUAGUCUUGGUAGUAUUACAAACUAUUUCUUGGCAACUGGUUUCCAAAGGAAUCUUUUUAAAACGUACAAUCAAGUUGUAGGGCUGAUGACUUCUUGCGACCUGCGUGUUUCAUUGAGAGUUUGCAUCCUUGCGCUCUUGCAGACUUUACGAACACACCCUAGAUCUGACAUGAUUUUUAAUCAAUGAAAUUAGGGUAAAGUAAUGUUGAGCAAACGAGCCGUUGCUGACUGGUAAAUCAGUGGGAUUCACAUACUUAAGGACUCGGGACUACUGCUAUUCAACUAUUAUGACGACAGCCGUUUAAGUCUCAUUGCAAAAUUUUACUGUCAAAUAAGUGCAACAGUUAAAAUGUCAGCCAUGUAUCUACAAUUGAAACUUUUUGUUUUAUUAAUUGUGUCGUGGUCAAUUAGUCAAUUACUUAAGUUUUUAAAUUACCUUUUCUUGGCUACCAUAAAAGAUUUAUUGUUAACUACGAUGCACUUAACAUUUUUGACCUGGCAACCUAUACUCUUCUCCCCAAUACUAAGAACCAGGAUCGCUCAGUAGACAAACUGCAAGGCAUAUAACACACAUUAAAUAGCAUAUAUGUAUAUACAAAACAAUAACCUUUCACAAUGAUUAUAGGUACUUAUGGAGUUCCAUAUAUUAAUUCUGGUUCUGGAACAAAAAAUAAAUUAAAAUACGUCAUAGUUUUUUUUGCAAAAUAUGGGCCUUUUUUCUUAGAUUUGAAAUCCCCACGUUGCACCAAAUUAUUAGAUACUGUGACUACAAAUGUUUGUUAAGGAAGAAAUACAAUAGCCCGUCACCUCCGUCCAUUGAUCAGGUGACCUGCAGACAACUGGUUGUCCUGAAAAAUUCUAUCCCUCAAAAUCUCUGCAAGCUCUAACUUUUGACGGACAGACGAAUGGAUUAUAAUUACGGUUUUGGUCAAGGCAGUCAACUGUUAACAAAACACAGGACUGUGGUGCUUGUACAGGUCGUUCAGAUGUUUUGUAUAGUAGUAACAUUCCGGUUCUUAAAACUCAUGUGGAAACCAUUUAAUUACAACUCUGAAUUUUUUUCAGCAACGCUAAACGCACAAAAACACGACAUAAAUAGCAAACUACAGUCACAUGAAUGUCCGAGAGGAAAACAUGUAUUGUUCGCAGUAUGUACUCAUUUGGGACAAUAUUCUGCAGGGCGGAUGAUGUCGAGUUGUAAAUCACUUGGCUAGAAGCGUGGCGUUGACGGGCGGAAUGACGGAGCCAUCAGGCUAUUGUAAUUGUGCCCUUAUGCAACCAUGCUAGCGACUCGUCCUUUCUCGAAAGGCUGCAUCAGUAAUCAUGCUACAAGGAACCUGGCAACUGUUCGGAAAGUCAACAAAAAAAUAGGCCUAACAUCCUUUAUGAUACACUUUUCCAGGAUCUUUAAGGCUAAAGGUCCUAUAAGGAGGUAUUGGGAAACAACAAAUAUCUCCCAUUUACAUGUAUUUAUUGUUUGUGUUUGUUAUAUAUUUCAGCACAAUGUUUCCUUUGUGAUUUGUUGUGUCUGUACACACUGAGCGUCAACUACUUAAUAAAUAAUCACAAAUUUCUGUGUGUGUAA